AUGGCCUGGGAUUGCUUUGUGGCCCUGCUUCUGCUGGUGGUAGCUCCCCUGAGAUUGGGUCAACAUUUACACCCCAAGCCUGGCCUUGGAUACAGCUAUGACUGUGGGGUGCAUGGCAUGCAGCUGCUGGUGAUCCCCAGGCCAAACCAGACUAUCCGAUUCAAGGUGGUAGAUGAAUUUGGGAACCGGUUUGAGGUGAACAACUGUUCUAUCUGCUACCAUUGGGUCAUCUCUGAGCCCCAGGAGCCUGCAGUGUUCUCAGCGGACUACAAAGGCUGCCACGUGCUGGAGAAGGAUGGGCGGUUCCACCUGAGGGUGUUCAUGCAAGCUGUACUACCCAACGGCCAUGUGGAUAUAGCACAAGAUGUCACUUUGAUCUGUCCCAAAACAGGCCACACUGGGGCUCCAGACCCUUACUUGGCUCCACCCACCAUACCUCAACCUUUUACACCUCAUACUCUUACCCCCGACCCCAAUUCUGGCCAUACCUUGGCUGGGUCUGGCCACACUCUUCUCAGCACAUUGUACCCAGAACACAGUUUCAUCCAUCCAACUCCUGCUCCACCGUCUCCGGGACUAGGACCUGCUGGACCCACCGUGCCUCAUCCCCAGUGGGGCACCUUGGGACCCUCAGAAUUGACUAAGCUGGAUUCUGUAGGUUCCCAUCGGCCCCAGGAGCAGUGUCAGGUAGCCUCUGGGCUCAUCCCCUGCAUGGUAAAAAGUAGUUCCAAGGAAGCCUGUCAGCAGGCGGGCUGCUGCUAUGACAACACCAGAGAAGUGCCCUGUUACUAUGGCAACACAGCCACUCUUCAGUGUUUCAGAAGUGGCUACUUCACCCUGGUCAUGUCCCAAGAAACAGCCUUGACACACAAGGUCGUCCUGAACAAUGUCCACCUGGCCUAUGCCCCCAGUGGAUGCCUCCCUACCCGGAAGACGGGCGCUUUUGUGGUCUUCCACAUCCCUCUCGCCCUCUGUGGAACAACAAUCCAGGCUGUUGGUGAGCAGCUCAUCUAUGAGAAUCAGCUGAUCUCUAACAUUGAUGUCCAAAAGGGGCCACAAGGUUCCAUCACUCGGGACAGUGUCUUCCGGCUUCAUGUUCGCUGUAUCUUCAAUGCUAGUGACUUCCUGCCAAUCCAGGCAUCUAUCUUCUCACCCCAACCACCUGCCCCUGUGGCCCAGUCUGGACCCCUGCGGCUGGAGCUGAGGAUUGCCAAGGAUAAGACUUUCAGCUCCUACUAUGAGGAGAAUGACUACCCCCUGCUGAGACUGCUCCAGGAACCAGUCCACGUGGAGGUCCACCUCCUACAGAGAACCGACCCCAGUCUGGUCCUGGUGCUACACCAGUGCUGGGCCACCCCCACUGUCAACCCCCUCCAGCAGCCCCAGUGGCCCAUCCUGUCCGAUGGGUGUCCCUUCAGGGGUGACAACUAUAGAACCCAGGUGGUGGCUGUGGACAGGGCACAGCUGCCUUUCUGGUCUCACUACCAACGCUUCACCAUCGCCACCUUCACUCUCCUUGACUCCAGCUCCCAGAAUGCCCUGAGGGGUCUGGUCUAUUUCUUCUGUAGUGCCUCUGUCUGCUACCCUGAGGGGCCCAAGACAUGCUCUACUGUAUGUGACUCUGGAAUGGCAAGGCGCCGACGAUCCUCUGGUCACAAUAGCACUAUCCAGGCCUUCGACAUUGUGAGUUCUCCAGGAGCAGUGGGCUUUGAGGAUACUGCUAAACUGGAGCCUUCAGGUAGCUCCAGCAACUCCAGUUCAAGACCCCUGCUCUCGGUGUUCCUCCUCCUGCUGGCCAUCACCCUGGUCCUGGGGACUGGUGCCUUUGUGGGUCUGAGCUGGGCCUGGGUCCAGAAACUACAGGAAGGCACCAGAUAUUAA